ACCACCCAUUGCACGUGCGGUUUCUGGAGAGUACACACGCAUUCAUCUUGUGGAACCAUUCGCCGGGGUCGCAAUAUUUCUCGCCAGAAUGGAAGUGGCUGUCCUACCACCCAGGGGCCGAGGGAGAGGAGGUCGUCCGGGUGUGCCUCGGGGUCAGGUGGCUCCGCUGCCCUAUGGAGCCCAAGCGAUCCAGCAUCGCGUCGUAAGCGGGCAGCGUCGAAGCCAGCAACAGACCGCUGGCCCUCGUACGGUGGCUUCAACUGAGGGGCCUCGUUCUGGCGGCAGUACUUCGCUGCAGCAGAAUACGGGCUCUCCGCGUACGUCCACCUACAACUCGUCCAUGAAAUCUGCAGAUGAGAUAAAGAUUCAGGAGUUGGAGCGUAGGUUGCCGUCGCACUUCCCCAGGCGACCGUCGCAAGGGAAGCAGGGCAGGGCUAUCAACCUGAUUGCAAAUCACUUCAGUAUAGAAAUUCCCAGCGGGAACGUGUUCCACUACGACGUCGAGAUAUUCUCCGAAACCCGCAAGGAAGCAAAGGUACCCGAAAAGCAAAAGUAUCGCUGUAUGAGCACCAAGGUAAACCGGAUGGUUAUUGAGCUGCUGGUGAAGAAGUAUCGUCAUGAAAUCUGCAACUGCAUCCCUGCCUUCGACGGUCGAAAGAACCUUUAUACAAGACGGAAGCUCAAUUUUAGUGAGCGCAUCUUCUCAGUCGACUUCGAAGAAGACCAACUAGUGCAGAAAUUCAUUGUCAAAAUUCAGUACGCGGCCAAUGUCAACCUGGACGCUCUGCACGCAGUCUUCGACGGACGCGUCAACACUGUGCCGCAGGAGGUGCUUCAAGCUGUGGACAUCGUCUUACGUCACGGCCCGUCCAUAAAGUUGACACCCGUGGGCAGGUCUUUCUUCAAACCGCCCGAAGGCAACAACACCCUCGGUGGUGGCCGGGAAGUAUGGUUCGGCUACUACACCAGCGUCCGCCCUAACCAAUGGAAGCCUAUGCUCAAUAUUGACGUGUCAGCUACGGCCUUCUACGAGCCCAUUCCGCUUCUCACCUUCAUGUGUCGGAUCCUCAAAGACGGCUGUCGUGAGCGCAGCCCUGCGGACUUCAAGGAACUGCGCGACUUCGAAACUGUUCGCCUCAAUAAGGAGCUCAAAGGACUGCGCAUCAAGGUGAAUCAUCUCCCUUAUCCUCGCCGCUACAAGGUGGUGAAGGUGACCAAGGAACCCGCCAGGAACCUGCGUUUCACCAUGGACGAUGGUUCUAGUAAUAGCGUUGCAGACUACUUCCAGAACAAGUAUGGCGGACUGAAAUACCCGAACCUGCCGUGCGUUCAAAGUGGCAGCCCAUCUCACCCAGUGUUCCUACCCCUUGAAGUGUGCGAGAUUGUGGAAGGACAGCACUGCAAGAAGAAACUGGACGAGAACCAGACAUCCGAGAUGAUAAAGCGCACAGCACAGCCACCAUCCAAGAGGUUCAACGAUAUCAGACAGUGUGUCAAGGACUUGGUCUCCAGCAAUGAGCCCUAUCUGAAAGAGUUCGACAUCAAGAUCAGCACGGACCUGACGCAGCUGAAAGGUCGUGUACUGGACCCACCCACACUAGUUUUUGAGAACAGCAGUGUUACCAAGCCACGCGAAGGCACUUGGGAACUGCGUGGCAAACACUUCUACAAAGCAGCCUCUGUCAGUCGCUGGAUUGUCCUGAAUUUGAGCAGGUUUACAAAAAAGCAUGACAUUGACAACUUAGUCAUGAUGCUGGUGCGAGUGGGCCAAGAACUGGGCAUGAAGUUUGAGAUGCCAGCCGACAUUGUAGCAGCUGACGCUCAUAGAAAACAAAUUACGAAUAUCUUCACCGACGUCAUGCGUACGUAUUCUGGGCUGGAGAUUGUACUUGUCGUACUUGCAAAGAACAGCAACUACUCAGAGAUCAAGCAAGUAUGCGAGACUGAACUGGGCCUGCGAACACAAUGCAUCAUGGACAACAAUGUGAUCAAGAAGUGCAAUGCAGCUCUUGUCACUAAUAUCUGCCAGAAGAUCAAUGCUAAGAUGGGAGGUACCAACAACAGCCUGCUGGCGCAGGAAAAACCAUACAUCUUCCAGAAGCCAGUGAUCAUAAUUGGGGCCGAUGUGAAUCACCCUGCCCCUGGGGACAAACUUCGCCCAUCCAUCGCAGCCUGCGUGGGCAGCCUGGACUCGAUACCUUCCAAGUUCUAUGCAACCAUUCGUGUGCAGAUGGAAGACUCCGUUGCUACAUCUAGAGUCGAGAUAAUAAAGGACCUGAAGGACAUGAUGAAAGACAUGUUGAAAGCAUUCCAUCGAGCUACUAAGCACAAGCCUGAACGCAUAAUCUUCUACAGAGACGGUGUCAGCGAAGGACAGUUCAUGGAGGUUCGCAACCGAGAAGUGUCUGCCAUCCGCCUUGCAUGCCAGGAGUUGUCCCCAAACGAGACUUAUGAGCCUGCUCUUACAUUCAUUGUUGUACAGAAAAGGCACCAUACCCGUUUCAUGCCUUCCAGCGACCGUGACGGCGUGGGCAAGUGCCGUAACGUUCCGCCAGGUACGACGGUGGAUUCUGUUGUUACGCACCCAUUGGACUUUGACUUUUUCCUCUGUUCCCACUUUGGAAUACAGGGCACCAGCAGGCCGUCUCAUUACUACGUCGUGUGGGAUGAUUCAAACUUUACUGCGGAUGAUUUGCAGAAGCUGAGCUACUACCUAUGCCACACUUACGCGCGUUGCGCACGCUCUGUCAGUAUUCCGGCACCCGUCUACUACGCACAUUUGGCUGCCUACAGAGCUAAGAACCAUGUGAUUAGCAAAGUGCCCGUGUCAAGUUCCAGCAGCGACUCAUCAGAGGGCAACGGAGACACCAAUCAGUACGUAGAAGCUGUCAAAGUUCUCGACUCCCUGCAAACUGCCAUGUAUUUCGUUUGAGUUUUUUCUUGUUGUGUUGUUUUCAUUUGCCGUGAAAUAAAGUUGCCGUUUCACGUUUCU